GUUGUGUUUUAGCGUGUCAACAUUCCUCCACUUCUUUAGGAGGGAACCUUGGUGUAUGGGUCCCCUUACUGCAGCUCUGGGAGUGGGAGCGAUUCCCACAUCUGACACCGCAACAUUCAGAGACGAGGGCGCAUAUUGCCGAGGAUGCAUCCCCACGUGGUGUUCGAUGCUUCCGUCAACACUCGUCAGUAUGGUGACCAGCAUUUCCCGUACAAAUUCUGGUUUGACGAGAUGGAAACCAUGGUGUGGCAACCUUACGUUGAGAGAGCACUUCAUCUCAGAGGUAGUGUGAUACAGUCUGAGACAUUUCGAGCAGUAGUGCCACUGAUAUGCUUUUCAGCGAUGAUGUGGCACCAUCCAGACCGCGUGCUCCGGAAGUUUGGCAUGAGGCAGCCUGAGCCUCAUCCGCCACAUCCGCCACAUCCUGAGGCUGAGGCUAGGUUUUUCUUUUGCCAGACUACUCGUCGGCCAUCAUGUGGGCAACAGUUGGUACACGCCUCCAGAGAGUCGCUUGCUUUUUGGAACCGUCAACAUGAGUUCAUAGCGACGACUCCAUACAGUGAGGAGGUUUUAGCCUACCACUCGGAGCAUAUGAAGUGGUAUUGAGAUGUCACCAGACGUUCAGGCACACGGAGAGGAGCUAUAGUGGAAGCAUUGAUUAGUUAUUUAUUGUUUAAUAUUUUUUUGGUAUUUGUCUUGAAUUUCUUAACCGUGUGAAAUCUUUGACAUUUCAAUUUAAAUUUCAGUACAACACUUUGGAGCAUGCGAAGCUGAGUUUACGUGAUGGAGUACGGACUGGAGGGAUGUCCACCGACCAG